AUGUCAAUGUUCUUUACAACUCUAUGCCCAGACCUAACAUGGUCACUCCUCAUCCUACUAUCAGGGUUCAUAAUAUGGCUCAAAUUGCCUUCCCCAAAGCCCCAAAUAUUCAGUGAUCCAGCCGUAUGCCGGCAGAUCAUCGCCGGAACAUUUCAACAGAACAACAUUUGCAAUAUCCUCUCCCCGCACGAAUCCAGAGCGAACCCAAACAAACGACUUAAAAUCGCCUUUGGUAUUAACAACGCCUUCACACGCACAGAUAGCGUCCAUUCUGGUGUGUUCGUCGAAAAGGCUAGUAGCUUGAUGAAGAUGUCCCACUCCCAAUGGGAUGACGUAUCCACAACUACGAGGAACAUUGCCCUGGGAUGGAUUGAACGGGGUCUGCCUAAUCCGCUCUUUACUUGCAGUUGCACCUGUGAGCAUGAGGAUGUGAAAGGCGAUUCGAGUCGGAUCAAUGUGACUAGCAUGGUGCAAGUUCUCACAAUGAGAGAGGUGCUGUGGGUUAUGUUUGAUAAGAAACAGCAACAUAAUAUGUGUGAUAUGAGCUUGUUGAAACUCGCUCAAUCUAUCAAUCGCGUUUGGAUAUCUUCCAAGUCUUGUCGGAAGAGCGGAGUGCCCAAAUUCGAGGACGAUGUCCAGCUUCGGCGUUGCUUGUUCAAUGUCUUUGGAUAUUAUCCUUCUUCUCCAGAUGAUAACCCUCUGAACCUCAUUUUACCUGCCUUUGAGACAAUGUGGCGGGUUUCCCUACGUUUGUUCCUGGAGAUCAAAUCUGGCUCGGAAAGUCAAUGUCCCGAAUGGCAGGAUUGUAUGAUCGAAUUCUCUCGACAGCCGAAGAAAUUACGCUGUUACAUUCCCGGCUUGGCCCUAAGAUGGUUCCCUGAAGAAUAUGACGACAAUGAGGAGAUUGAGAGCUCUAGUCAGAAGCCCAUUUUCCGCCGGCUUUGUCUUGCCAAGUACCUUAUCUUCGAGGCACUUCGUCUUUAUACUCCUACGAGAAGGGUGCAUCGCGCGUAUCAAUUCAGUCAAGGUGCGGGUGCUUCACGUCAGAUCCUGGCUGCUGAUAUUGAGGGAUGUCACACCAGAUCUGAUAUCUGGGGUCCUGAUGCGUUGGAAUUCCACCCUAGACGUUGGACGGCUUUGACGACGGAACAAAAAGAAGCGUUCAUGCCUUUUGGAUCUUCACCAUUUCAGUGCCCUGCAGGGAGGACAUUUGCACCAAGAAUGAUUGGUGUGUUGGUUGGAGCGCUGCUAUUUGCUUUUGAUGACUAUGGAAAAACCUGGCGUUUGCACUGUGACGAUAAGAAGGGAUUAAACCGACUCAUGUCUACCAAAAGAUUAGACUCGAGGGAGACAUACGGAGAUCUGUAUCUGAUUGCGGCGGAGUAA